AUGAAAAAUAUCAACACAUGUAUUUUAUUUAUAAUAAUUGGUAGUUUCAGUCACAUAAUAGGGACUCAUGCGAAAAACAAAACGGACCUUACAGAAGAAUAUUUAGAACAAGAAGCUCAAAGAGAUCUAGAGAAAUUGUUAGUUAAAAUAAAUUCCCGUCGAAAUGACUCAGAUGUUAAUGAUGAUCACGACGAUGAUAAUAAAACUACACGAAGAGAAAUUGACAAAGAAAUUGAUGAAAAUGUGCAACUUAUGAAAACCCGCAGGAUCAUUCCUGGUCAGUCUGCAGCUAAUGCUGAGGACCAGGAUCGCUUUUACAAAAUAAUGCAUAAAUUAGCUUCAUCUCGAGGCAAUACGAAAUUAAGUUUGAAAAAUGAUGAUAAAUCUCUUGGCGAUUCAUUUCGUAAAAGUUUUGCAAAUAUAAAACCUGAGAUACAUCCUGCAGAAAGUUUAUCUGAUGGAAGAGAUGAUCAACAGGAAACUUUAUUAGAAGUUGAUAACGUUUACAAUUUAGGAUAUGCACACAAUGAAAACGAAUAUAAUAAUGUCAUGAGGAGUUCUAAAAAUGGAAAUACAUUCCAAAAUCAUGAUCCUUUAAGAACUAGAUCUUACCUACCUCUAUCAGCAAAUUUGGAAAAAUUUAAUGAAUUGUUGCACCGAUUCAACAAAAAUGGUCAGAAACAUGUGAGAACUAAACCAGGAAAACAAGAAUCCGGUACUGAUGAUAUUCACAUACCCUAUUUACGUAGCAAUCCUUUAAUGAACAAGGUAGAAAAACAAAUUUUGGAUGCAAUAAAUAAUGACUUUAAUGAAAAAAAACGCAAAAGAACUAAGGUUACAGUUCUGCGAACGGAUGUAAGUGAUGAAACUAUGUAUGCAGAUAUUAACGACCAAAUUGAUGAAUUCGUAAAUCAUUUUAAUGAUGAUAAAAACGACAGAAAUGUCCAGCGAACUGACACUUAUAGAAAAAAUCAAGAUGCACAGCUUGACGAUGGAAAGCGAACGAGAAGAGCCGCACGAACACAAGCAGGGUACACACAAGACCCUGACACUUGCAAAACUUACAAUGAAAACCUCGUAAAACUCUGGUCAAAUCUGUCAAAAUACCUUAAUGUCACUGAACAACCCGACGAACUUGCCCUGCAUAACAUAGCAAUGAUGGUACAAGCAUACCUAGAACAUCACACACAACAAUCACCAGAAACACAUAAAUCAAAAUACGAAGGACCUAGAGACAAAGUAACCGAAAUUAUACUUAGAAUUAGGAAAACGCUCGAAGACUCUCAAGCCAGUGAGGCUAAAAUUGUUAAAAUAAUAAAAAAGUACGCAAAACCGUUUUAUGGAGACAUUGAAAAUGAAGAUUGUCAACUGGUCAAUGAAGAAUAUUUGCAAAUUUCAGUUGGUUUGUUAUUUAAAAUUUAUCAGGACAAUCUCGAAUGUUCCGGCGACGACGAGAGUAUAGCAAUGAAUAAAAGAUUGAUUUUACGCAAUACAAAGAAUAAAUCCCUGAAACGAGCCAAAAGUGGGCUCUUACUAAUAUCUGACGAUGACUAUUUUAAUCCAGACAAGGAUAUAUACAUUGAUAGUGAGGUCUUUAAAGAUUUUCAAAAGGAAAAAAUACCAAGAAAGAGAUCUAGUCAAAACAGACGAGUGUACCGACGAAACAGAAACCCAAAGCGUCAAGACCCAGCACGGAGAAGUGGGAUUGAAAACAAAAAAAUUAAAACUCGUAAAUCAUUUAACGGUAAAUCAUCUAGAUCAAGAUCUAGAAAUAACAAUCUCAGAUCUGAUGGAACGAAAAGUAGAUGUGAAAAAAUUGCGAUUCGCAAACUGACAAGCUCAUUGCGACCUGUGAUAGAAAGGUUUACGUCGCUACAAGAAUGUCAAAUUGACAACACGUUGAGAUCAGAAUAUCAACAUUCGAAUUUGCGUGCCCCGCUCUACUUGUACGCUUCUAAAUAUUUAUCGGAUGACAAUGACAAUGAAGAAAAUUACUUCCUUAGGAAACCCAUUGAUAAAUCGACUAGAAAAAAUACAGAACGUAGUAGAGCAAUCGAGUCAUCUAAAACAGAAGAAAGACAGAAAUCUCCACAAGAACUUGUAAAAGAGGAUUUUGUACGUGAUGAUGGCGACACUUGGAUUAGGAAACAAUCCAACUCAAAUCUAAAGCUCAGUGACACAGAAGAUCGGACAUCGGAGACUACUUCUGGUAAUCUUGACACAAACAAUGAUCUCCAGUCGGUAAACUUUUACGAUGAUUACGACGCUUUAUUGAAACCACCACCAUUACACACCAACAGUCCACUCAGUUCUAUAAUCGACAUAAAGAAAAUUAUCGAUAGGGUAAACAAUAAAACUUCACACACUAAAGACAAAGAAAAGAAAGAUGUUUACGUUAGACAAAGAAAACUUGUAACUACUACUUUCAAACCUUUGCGAAAUAACGAAGGUAAUGAUGGAAUUGAUUAUGACUAUUAUAAUGACAACGUAAAUCAUAGUACUGAAAGUGUUGAAGAACCGUUUCAAGAUUAUACCAGACUCAGAACUUCUGAUAAAGUGCUCCAAGAAAAAAAGAAUACACAUACAUAUGAAAGUCUUUCAGAGUUCAUUAAAAAGGCUCGCGACAUUUCAUUGCAAACACCAGAAGUUACCAUGCCUUUUGCGUUAGAUAAUAAUAAAGGGUAUGUAGAACUCACUUAUCUAGUAAAAUAUCCAAAAAUUCUUAUUUACCGCCCACAGUUUCUAUUGAAAAACGUAAUACCAUAUGAUGCCUAUGUUAAAACAGCUAAUAGUAUCAAUAUGAGUAAUAACGACGUACGCUUGAUGAAAAUUGUUAGACAUUUGCCCGACAAAUCUGCUAAAGUACUAUUCGAAACUGAAGAUUAUGAGGAGCCGUUAGAGAUUCGUAACGUUAAUGAAAAUUUGAAUAACAGGAGGAGUGUUUGGACUAGAAAUGAUAUAUUAAAGAACAACAACCGUCCAUCUCCUUCUAUUUUCAAUGAUAUAGGUUCAAUUAUCGACAAACUUCGUAAUCGUACUGUACAGCAUGAGUUAAUUAAGAAUUAUGAAAAUGAUGAAUUAUUCUCAUCUGACACUCAGACAGGGACUAUAUUUACGACUCCUAAACCAAAUGUACAACAUGACACAUCACCUUCAGUUUGCAAAUUAAUAACAACUAAAACUGACUUAAACGACAGUGAUAUUCUAUCGGUAGAGUCUAUAAACACCAGGUUUUCGGAGACAGAUUCAGAAUCAUCACAAGACUUUUCAGGUGAUCCAUUCUAUCUUCCAACAUUAGCAAACUUUUAUAGAGCACACACAUCUACUACUAAACCUAAACAUGAUUCAGCUUCAUUCAUUGCCAAGAAUGUUUGGAAUAAUUUGAGGAAAAUAAUAAAAAGUGAAGUGCAGAAAAUUGUGGGAAAUACAUCAACUGUUAGUAGCAACAUUGACGAAUUGAUGGAUUGA